UCGAUACAAGAAAGAACCGAAACAAAAAGCGAGUGCCUCUCGAGAAAAAAGGUUUCGCAGCAAAAAUUGCAAACUGGUGAGUUUGAGUUGGGGGUAAAGAAAGCAGUAAUGCCAUGCAACAAUGAAACUAAGUCCAGAGCUGAUGCUGCUUCUGGACCAAAUUCAAACAUUCCUGAUCCUGAAUUCAACAAGUUUGGGCUUGACGAAGAUAUGCUGAAAAACAUUUUUAGAGCUAAUCAGACAUGGGCUUUUUUUGCUCCAGAAGAUGGCAUGCCAAGAUUCUAUGCUCUUGUCAAAAAAGUGUACACCUCUGGAUUUAAGCUGAAGAUCACCUGGCUGGAGCCAAAUCCAAAUGACCAAGGUGAGAUUGCUUGGUGCAACAAGGAGUUGCCAGUUGCUUGUGGUAAGUACACACUUGGUCACAGUGAAGAAAUUACAAAUCAUCUUAUGUUUUCUCAUCAGAUGCACUUCAGAAGAGGCAGGGGCAGAAACUUUUUUCUGGUAUAUCCUAGGAAGGGAGAAACCACAACUGGGAUAUUGGAUGGAGUUGUGAGCCUGAAAAGCAUGUACCUAACAAAUUUGAAUAUGUGGAAGUCCUGCAAGAUUUUAAACAAGAUGUUGGCAUUGAAGUUGCUUAUUUAGGCAAAGCAAAAGGAUUUGUCAGUCUGUUUAAGCAAACCGAGAUGCGCAGGGUUGUGUCGUUUCAAGUGCCGCCUAACGAGCUAUAAAGAUUUUCUAAUCAAAUUCCCUCUGUCAAGCUGACUGGUGAUGAAAGAGAUGGUGUCCCAAAAGGGUCCUUUGAGUUUGAUACUGCUGCUUUGCCCCAUGAAUGCUGAAACUGUAUGUUUUUCUUUUUGUU